AUGCCCCAGAACGUGGUCCUCCCAGGCCCUGCGCCCUGGGGCUUCAGACUUUCGGGGGGCAUAGACUUCAAUCAGCCUUUGAUCAUCACCAGGAUUACUCCAGGAAGCAAGGCAGCAGCUGCCAACCUCUGUCCUGGAGAUGUCAUCCUGGCUAUCGAUGGCUUUGGUACGGAGUCCAUGACUCAUGCUGAUGCGCAGGACAGGAUCAAAGCAGCCGCACACCAGCUGUGUCUCAAAAUUGACAGGGCAGAAACUCGCUUAUGGUCUCCACAGGUAUCUGAAGAUGGGAAAGCUCAUCCUUUCAAAAUCAACUUAGAGUCAGAACCACAGGAUGUGAACUACUUUGAACACAAGCACAAUAUUCGGCCCAAACCUUUCAUAAUCCCAGGCCGAAGCAGUGGAUGCAGCACUCCCUCCGGUAUUGACGGUGGCAGUGGACGUAGCACCCCGUCUUCUGUCAGUACUCUUAGUACCAUUUGCCCAGGUGACUUGAAAGUUGCUGCUAAGAUGGCCCCUAACAUUCCUUUGGAAAUGGAACUUCCUGGGGUGAAGAUUGUACAUGCUCAGUUUAAUACACCUAUGCAGUUGUACUCAGAUGACAAUAUUAUGGAAACACUUCAGGGUCAGGUUUCAACAGCUCUAGGGGAAACACCCUCGAUGAGUGAACCCACAGCCUCGGUACCCCCCCAGUCAGAUGUGUACCGGAUGCUCCAUGACAAUCGGGAGGAACCUACACAGCCUCGCCAGUCAGGCUCCUUCAAGGUGCUCCAGGAAUUAGUGAAUGAUGGUUCAGAUGACCGUCCUGCUGGAACCCGAAGUGUGAGAGCUCCUGUUACCAAAGUCCACGGUGGUGCUGGCAGUGCUCAGAGGAUGCCACUCUGUGACAAAUGUGGGAGUGGCAUUGUUGGUGCGGUUGUGAAGGCCCGGGAUAAGUACCGGCAUCCUGAGUGCUUCGUGUGCGCAGACUGUAACCUCAACCUCAAACAGAAGGGCUACUUCUUCGUGGAGGGGGAGCUCUACUGUGAAACUCACGCAAGAGCCCGCACGAGGCCUCCGGAGGGAUACGACAUGGUUACUCUGUAUCCCAAAGCUUAAGUCCCCUGCAGCCGGAGCAGGCUCGCAUGCACGCACCCACGCACAUUCGCACGCAAGGAAUGGCUUUGGGUAGGACCAUGGCAACUGUCAACUCCGAACCUAAAGCCAAAGCUUUUAGAUGUUUAUUGGAGGGGGAAAAAAAGGGAAGACAGAUGCCUGCUCUAUGACAAAAACAUACGUUUAGCUAUGUUUUGCAACUCUUUUUAUCUUUGGGGGAUAGCAAUAAUAACAUUUAGAGCAAUAUUUUUUUUUGUAUGUCGUGCUUCAGAAUUUGCAUUUAUAACAUGAUCAUUCAAAGCAUAAACAUCAAGAUAUUUGGGGGAGUCGAGUUAUCUUUCCUAGACAAGUUGAUUUUGGAAAUUGUGCUAAAUACAAAACAAUAGUCUUGUAUUCUAACAUAAUUUGCAACUGUCUGUAUCUGUUUUAAUUAUUAGCAUGCAUGUCCAAAUUCCCAGGAUUUCUCUGGUUUCAUAUUCAAACAUCUAUAUCACUGAAUGCAACAAACAUAAUAAAUAUGUAAAAUGUUUUUAAAAUA